CGACAUACCACGUGAUUGAUAUCAGCCUCUCGCUCUGUCUCUGCCUCUCCGCGAAAGUCUGCGCCCACUCCGAAGAUCGACCGGGCAAGGAAGCUUGACAACCAAGCUUGAACAUCAUUCUAUCAGCUGGGCCCGUGCCCCCUAGAGCUCCCGUUUCAAGCAAUCCGUGGUCUAUCAAGCGAGUACGGCUAUUCACAUUCAAAAUUACCAUCCUAACCGCCCCGCAAAGCCUCAACCAUGAGUGAAAAGGCUCGUUUGAAGUGUACCAUCUAUGUGGGGGGUCUGGACCAGGCUGUGACGAUGCACACGCUGGCGGAGGCAUUUGUCCCCUUUGGCGAGGUCGUGGACAUCACCCUGCCGAAACCCGACCUGCCAAACUCGAACGAAUCCCACCGCGGCUUUGGAUAUGUGGAGUUCGACCUGCCCGAGGAUGCGAAAGAGGCUAUCGACAACAUGGAUGGCAGCGAGCUUUACGGACGUACAAUCAAGGUCGCCGCCGCGAAACCGCAAAGGGAAAGCAAUGAGGGGCUGGGCAGCAAGACAGCUAUCUGGGAACAGGAGGGCUACUUGGCCAAAUACGCAGUCAGCGAGGAAGAUAGAUUGGCCACAGAGCAGGCUCAAGCAGGCGCUAACGCAGAGACUGAAGACCCCAUGCAAGGACUGGUAGAGAUGGACGUUGCCGGCCCAAAGCCUGAAUGA